CAUCUCCAUCCGCCAUCUUUGUAUUAUUUCUAAUUUAUUUUAUGUCAAGCCAUUGAUGAAGAUAUUUUCUCUGGAGUCUCCUUCUUCCCGCUCCCGAUGUGACCGAGCAUGUCUCGCCGCAAGCAAGGCAACCCUCAGCACUUGAGUAAACGGGAAUUUUCACCUGAUUCCCUGGAAGCCAUUCUCACAGAUGAAGAAGAGGAGCAUGGCACCUUGGGAGCUCCUGAGGGUGACCACGACCUCCUUACCUGCGGCCAGUGUCAGAUGAAUUUCCCACUGGGUGACAUUCUGAUCUUUAUUGAGCACAAAAGGAAGCAAUGCAAUGGCGGCCUUUGCUUGGACAAAGCUGUGGAUAAGCCACCGUCACCUUCUCCCAGUGAGCUGAAAAAGGCAUCCACACCUGUUGAGGUUGGCAUACAGGUCACACCAGAUGAUGAUGAUUGCCUGUCUACAUCAUCCAAGGGAGUUUGCCCCAAGCAGGAAAGCACAGUAGCAGGAAAGGAUGAGCCGAGCAGUUACACUUGCACAACUUGCAAACAGCCAUUCAAUAGUGCAUGGUUUCUCCUCCAACAUGCCCAGAACACCCAUGGAUUCCGAAUUUAUUUGGAGACUGAGCAUGGAAGUCCCUUAACCCCACGGGUUGGCAUUCCUUCAGGACUUGGGGCAGACUGUGCCCCUCAACCUCCACUUCAUGGACUUCACGUAGCAGACAAUAGUCCUUUCAACCUGCUGAGAAUGUCUGGGCCUGUCUCACGGGAAACUUCAGGGCUUGGAGAAGGCCGCUUUCCCCCUACACCUCCGUUGUUUAGUCCUCCACCCCGGCAUCACCUAGACCAGCAUCGAAUGGAUCGGCUGAGUGCUGAGGAGAUGGCUAUGGUGGCAGCACAUCACACCAGUGCCUUUGACAGGGUACUGCGUCUUAACUCCAUACCUAUCGAGCCACCAUCCAUGGAUUUCUCUAGGAGACUUAGAGAAUUGGCUGGCAACACCUCCACUCCUCCAUUGUCACCGAACCGGCCUAGUCCUAUGCAAAGGCUAUUGCAACCAUUCCAGUCGAGCAACAAAUCCCCAUUUCUCAGCACACCACCCCUCCCAGCCCUCCAGCCCGCAGCACCUCCUGCCCAGACUGUGCUCAAGUCUAAAUCCUGUGAAUUCUGUGGGAAAACAUUUAAGUUUCAGAGCAAUUUAAUAGUGCACCGCCGAAGCCACACCGGUGAGAAACCAUACAAGUGCCACCUUUGUGAUCACGCCUGCACUCAGGCCAGCAAAUUAAAGAGGCACAUGAAAACACACUUGCACAAGUCCUCACCCAUGACAGUCAAGUCAGACGAUGGACUUUCCACCGCAAGCUCUCCUGAACCGGGUACUAGUGACCUUGUUGGCAGUGCCAGCAGUGCCCUCAAGUCUGCAGUAGCCAAAUACAAAAGUGAAACAGAUGCCAAUAUGAUUCCAGAAAAUGGGGAUGAAGAGGAGGAGGAGGAGGAAGAGGAAGAAGAGGAGGAGGAGGAGGAGGAAGAAGAGGAGGAACCUGAAAAUGAAAAUAGGUCUGAUUUUGCCUUUGGUGUCAGUCUCGAGGGUGGGCGUCACCAUGAAAACAGCUCGAGGCCUGUAGAGGAGAAGAGGUCUCUGCCUGAAGUGAUGCAUAGCAUUGCCAUGAAUACAAUGCAGCAUUAUGGUGAGGCCUUCCAUCAAGUUCUUGUUGAGAAACACAAGCGGACUCAUCACUCAUCUGAAGCAGAAGUUCAGAGGGAUACUUAUGAUGAAGAUUCAGUUGCUGGUGAAUCUGAUCGCACAGAUGAUGGUACAGUCAAUGGUAGAGGUUCCUCUCCAGGUGAAUCGGCCUCUGGGGGCUUAACCAAGAAGCCUAUAUUGGGAAGCCCGACUUCCCUCAGCCCUUUUUCCAAACGCAUUAAACUUGAGAAAGACUUUGACCUGCCAUCAGCACCUUUGGCUCCCACGGACAAUGUUUACUCACAGUGGCUUGCUGGUUAUGCUGCCUCACGACAGAUGAAAGACCCAUUCCUUAGCUUUGGAGACUCCAGACAAUCACCUUUUGCAACUUCAUCUGAGCACUCUUCAGAAAAUGGAAGUUUACGCUUUUCCACUCCUCCAGGAGAAAUGGACGGUGGGAUCUCAGGUCGGAGUGGCACAGGAAGUGGUGGAAGCACGCCCCACAUCACUGGACCUGGUCCUGGGCGGCCCAGUUCCAAAGAGGGCAAGCGAAGUGACACGUGUGAAUUUUGCGGCAAAAUCUUCAAGAACUGCAGCAAUCUCACAGUCCACCGGAGAAGCCACACGGGCGAGAGACCAUACAAAUGUGACCUGUGCAACUACGCCUGUGCCCAGAGUAGCAAGCUCACGCGACACAUGAAAACGCACGGUCAGAGACAGGAGGAAGCCCGGGAGCCACACCUGCAAUGCUGUGCACUAUUGACUCACAAGGGACAUAAAAGCCCAUGUUCUCAGGACUCAAUUGGGUGCAACUCUUGGCUACACAGUCAAGAUUGGAAAAUCAUGUUCUACCUCCUGUAGUAUUGUAUAAUGGAGCACCUGCCAGUUGCACCACCACAAUUGCAUCAUUUCAACCUUCCUCACCAUUACGUUGAAUAAUCUCAUGCAGCAAAAAGAGAGUAAUCCUUGUAAAGACGUUGUAACCAGGUGAGGUAUUACGGCUAUUAUCUGUCUCAAUUACAGCCACAGUGAUACACAGAUGGACAAACAGAUGGACAGGGCCAUUGGAGUAAAACCUGACAAGGUUGCCUCACCCACUCAGCAAGGUGAGGAUGGAGCACCAUUGAUGAAGUUCCAACCAACGGAAGCUAUGUGGACAUUCUCCCUUCUGAAGGGAAACAAAUGUAAUGUAAUUUUUCUAAAGUUAGUGCUUGAAAAUUAUGAGAUUCAUAACUUAAAACAGUUAAAUAUUUGAUAUAAAGAAGCUCUCUGGUAAGGCACUUUUUCCUUAGAAGUUCUCUGUGCAAAAGCACUGUUUUUUCUAUCAAACUUUCAUAUGUAACACUUGAAGUUGUGCAAUGCAGUGAGACAUCUCCAAUUGUCAGUAGUUAGGAACCCAUUAAAAUAUUCCCUAAGGAUAUCCUAUUCAAUAAUCUAAAGGAUCCUGUAGGAAUUUUAGAGGAUUUUUAUUGUCUUAUAGGAUUUAAUAGGAUCCUGUAAGAUUUCCAAAUUCUUAUGGAGAUUUUAGUAUGGGACUACACUGGAAUGGCUGGAAGGGAAUGAAAGCAGGAUAUGCAAGAGAGCCCGAUGUCUGAGAGCAAUUUUGUGGGUUCAUUGAACUCUAGCGUCAGAUUAAUGAAAGCAAAUGAAGACAUUCCACAUAAACAGGACAAUGCCUUUUCAUAGGGCUAGCAGCUAAAUUACAAAUUUAGUGUCAAAGAUAUAUGCAUAUAAGAAAUAAAGACCAUCCCCUCCCCUAACCUUAAAGGAACACUGUUGAUUUGCUGGGGGAGGGGGAAGGUAAGCACUUCUGGGAACUGCUUAGAGCAGCUUAGUUUUUAUAGGAUGACCUCACUAUUUAAAUUGUUAUUGAAAUGAUUGCCAUGCACUCACACCUGCCACUUUUUGAAUACUGCCAAGCAGAUUUUGUUUCUUUUUUACCUUUCAGGGAUUUUUGGCUUGCAAGUUAGAAAUUCCUGACAACUCAUUUUCCAUCCUUCUUAAUUGGCCCCUUUAGGAUUGCAGUUGGGUCACUCUGCCCUUCCUGCUGGCCAACGAACAAGCUUUACAGUGUUCAUGAUAACGUGACAGAUUACUCUUUUUUUAAAACAACAAAAUUAAUGAAUGCAUUGAGAGUUGUCAAUGAGAGAGUCUCACCAUCAAAAACAUUUAAAAAAAAAAUCAAAUCAUUGCAUAUCGGUCUAUGAUUGCUUGAAUGCUUGCUUUUAUGUGGCUAUUUCUGUUUUUUUUACUAUAAUUAUUUAAGCAUUUUGUCCUGGUGACAUCUUCCAGAGCAGUGUCUUGGAGUAUUUACUGAUUCUGACAGUGUGCGGAGCUCAAUUAACAUCAGUUGAUACCAUCAUUAACCCAGAGUGUUACAGCUUCAGCUGUCCAUGCAUUCAUUCAAUUCCAUCAUUCUGCGGGCUUGGUAUCUCCUCCAUGCUGUACCCCUGAUGAUAUUCUCAAUCUGCACUGUGUACACAUACAUUUUUUUUUAAAUGUAGAAAUAAGGAAUGUCAAAAUUAAAUGGAAUUCUUUGUAACUGCUUUUUUUUAAGAAAAGAAAAGCUCCUGGGAGUAAAAUUCCAUCCGUUUUAUUUGUGGACAGGAUCAAAUCCUGUAUAUAUUCUAGGGAAUAUUUGUGAAUAUUUUUGUUGUCCCAUUUUAUUUGGAUUAGUUUCUUCCAUCUCUUCGUUCUGCCUUACACUGUGCAUUGCUUACUGGCUGAGAGAGUGGACAAGUAGUCUAUUAGCAGGACUCCACUGAUUCCACUCUGUGACUGGCCAGCAAGGAGGUUUAUCUGCGUGUGUGAUGGAAAAACUCAGGGGUCUCACAUGCUAAUGUUCCUUUCCUCCUUGUGGGGAAUGCGCCUUACCUCCCCUUCACUGCCCACCAUUUGUCAUGUAAAGAUUCCCAGGCAUAAGCCCACGUUCUCCCACUUAUUAGGCAAUGGCGCACCAUUGAGGGUGCAAAAUUAAACAGUUUUUUUGAUGCAAUUCUUCUCAUUGCGAAAAGGUAAAUGCAGUGGAAUCCUGCUUUAAGAUGGACAACAGGAUCAGACUCAGCCAUGAUAAAUCUGACUGCACCAGUACUGACAGUGUAAGAAUCAGAACGGGGACAUGGGAACAAUUGACAUCUUUCAGGAAUAUGCUGGUCUCAGGGUUGCAUCCGCAUGGAUUCUACUGUAUUUACAGAUUUUUAGUUUCUUGCAGUUGACACCAUAAUUGGCAGCUCAUUAACUGAGAAUGAUCCAUAGUAUUUCUGUACCAAAAUCAAAAGGACAUUAUUUACAGCAUGUUCUUAGUAUUUGUGUGUUGCUAUGAUGAUAAAGUACAGCUAAAACCUGGUGAAAUCCCCUUGUUCUAUGUCACAAAUGUAAAAACAAAACAAAAUGCUCUCCACUUAAAAGAGUCAUAGAAAUAAACUUGUAAAAUGACUAAUUGUUUUUUUCAAUCAUAAUUCUAUUAUCUUUCUGAACAAUCAUUUAAGCUUGCCAUGAGAAUACUGAGCACCUUGUCAUCCUUCUACAAUGCUGUACCUGGACAUUGUAUUGACAGUGUAUAUAUGCUGCUAUGAAAUGUAUUCUGUUUCAGCGAGUCACCAUGGAUUCAGAAACAUGUAUUUUGUAUUCCUUUCAAUAAAGUUUUUUUUUGCUGUAUUAAAA